AAGUUGUUUUCAAAAUUCUUAUCGCUUCACUAUAGACCUAUCGGUACGCUGCGGUCGUAAUAAUAGAAUACGUCAAAGACAAAGACAAAGAAUUACCGCUUUCAAUCCCUUUAAUAAUAAUUUCAAAAAACGAUACGCCAAACUUCUUAUAGUAAUAUAGUGAAUAGUCAAUGUACCUUAGGGACCAAUCGUCCUACCGCUAAUACCCAAUUUCUGGAAACCGAAUGUCUCGUAAAUACAAUUCCGUACGUUCAGGAGCGACAAGUAGGAGUGACAAGUAUAGGUAUAUGUAUUGAAAUGUGCAACAUGGAUAGUGUUCUUGAUAUUAAAUAUUAAUAAUUAUGGUAACAGGGUACGUAGUACGAUUAUAAAUCUAUAACUGUGACGGGUACAUUGAAUACUCUAUGGAAGAAUAGGUAAACAUGUUUUGUUUUUAUAAUAUAAAAACUACUUUUAUCACUUAUUAGUUAUCCUUAUCACAGUCCGUCGUGUCCGGGGUGGGACUAGUAUUUGUAUUGUACACAGUUUUUUAUUAAAGGGUUCAGCAACAAGUUAACAUAGUUAAAAUAAGCCAAUAGUAAGCUAUUGUUAUUAGUGCGUAUGUUCAAUGUACCUAAUUUAGUGAUAUGUUUAAGUGUUUUAUAGUUGGAGUAUUGCAUUCAGUGUUUUGACUUGUCAGUUGUUAAGUUGUUUUAGUCAAUCCAUCACUACAGCUAUGAAUGAACAUGAAAUUGUUCCGGACGUUAUCAGCGUUGCACCCAGUGAAAUAAUAAAAGUAUAUAGUUUUAUGUCAUUAACAAACCCGAGAUUUUAGAAACNUAAUACUAGGUGUUUUUCUCAGGAAUUUUGUAAAACAUUUAAUUCUGUAAAACUACUUACCUUAAGUACAACAAAUUAUUUAAAAUUGAAUUAAUAACCUCGGGGUGUGAGACAUAUGAUGUUACAGGUUUAGCAAACUCGGGACCUCGUUUUCUUACUGGUGGAAAGUCCAGGUGGGUGAUUCCAGUAGGUAAAUGGUAUUAUUUCUGUAAGGUGGAUAAAUUCACUUUUUACAAGUAAUAGUGACAAGUUGUAGUUGACAAUACCGUUCUCUGUGUGUGAAGGAAAUAAAAUACUACCAUGGUAUCUCUCCUUGUUAUAAGAGAUGAUAAAUGGAAUUGUGUCAGAUUGUGCGUUAUUCUAUUCAAAUUUUUCAUAGUCUUAUAUAAAUUCUUAUCACUGUUAUCCUAGGUUUCUUAUUCAAGUGGAGUGAGUGUUAAUAUGGGUAACGAACUUACACCUACUCAAGUAAAAUAUGAACCUUCAGUAAACUGGCCUGCUGAUCCAAAUGCUUUUUAUACACUUUGUAUGACAGGUAUAAAAAUGUAUAUUGUUUGAUAUGUUUUUAAUUUUUCAAAUUUCUUUAAUAAUACUUAGUUAUUUAAUAAUUUAUUUCAUAAUCUGUAUUUAAUUCAUUUUUCGUUAUUAUAAGAACCAUUUUAGUGGUUAUGAAUUAAAAAAUUAAUAAAAUAAUUUUUUAAUUUUGAAGAUUAAUCACUUUGUGUGUUUUAUAAAAUAAUUUUAUUUAUAAGUUUUAUAAAACUUCAUUAGUUUUCUACUUUCUUAGAUUUGUUACUAUUAUUUUUUUACAGAUCCUGAUGCUCCAAAUCGCGAGGAACACACGUUUAGAGAAUGGCACCAUUGGCUUGUUGGAAACAUUCCUGGUCAUGAUAUUAGUAAAGGUCAAAUUCUUUCAGAGUAUAUAGGGUCAGGUCCACCUCUUGGCACAGGUAAUAAUUUGAUAAAUUAAAAAUGAAAUUUUUGUAUUAAAACGUUGGUAUUACUAUUAUCAGGACUUCACCGUUACGUGUUCUUAGUUUACAAACAACCAUCAAAAUUGACUUUCAACGAACCAUAUUUAACAAACAAGUAGUUUAUUAAUGUAAAAUAUACUUUUUGAGUCUAAAUAUUUUCCUGUUUUAGAUCUGGUGAAAAUCGUGGGAAAUUUUCUAUUGCUAAAUUUGCAGUUAAAUACAAUUUGGGAAAUCCUGUUGCUGGUAACUUCUAUCAAGCUCAAUAUGACGAUUACGUACCAUUACUUCCUCAUAAGCGACCUGCUGCACAAAAUACAUAAUUGUUGGAUAAUUAAAUAUCAAGGACUGAUGUUAUAUUAGUAUUUAUAUUUUGAAAAAUAAGUAACAAAAUUGUUACUUUUAUAAGAUAUUGUUAAAUAAAUGAAUUAAAAAAUAUAAACAUAACUAGGAGGUAGUUCAAUUAGCAUGUUCAAGAUAUUUGCUCAUAAAACAAUUAAAUACUGAGUAAAAAUAAUCACAUGGGUCGAAUGCUACAAUACUCUCUCAAUUUCUUAUACACCUGGAAUUAAUCUAAUUGCUUCUUGCCCACUCACACUCUUCUGUAACGGCCAUAACACUAUCACAAUGACAACUUAGAUAACAGUAUUAUAUUUUUAAAUUGUAUAAAUGAGUAUGGUAAAACUAAAAAUAAAUUUGAUUUUAUGCAUCAUAAAUGAUGAUGUUAUUUGCUUA